AUGCCACGAAAAAGAAGACAAACCUCGGAAUCCUUGCAAGAUUCGGACGAUAGUGAGUUUGGAGAAGAUGGACGACCACAUCCGCAGCGUAAUGCGGCGAAUGCAAGGGAACGCGCCAGGAUGCGAGUCCUGAGUAAAGCGUUCUGUCGCCUGAAGACAACGCUCCCCUGGGUGCCGGCGGAUACAAAGCUUUCCAAAUUGGAUACCCUUCGACUCGCCACCAGUUAUAUAGCUCACCUGCGUGCUGUGCUCACUGAUCAACCCACGUCGCAAAUCGAAAACGGACAUAAACAUCCACUUACACUGACAUGGCCGUUUAGCUUCCAGAAGGGCGACGCGCAACCCGAGACGACAUCAAAUGACGCAUUGCAUUGCGGCGCGGAAAUCACGUCAACCGGCUGGAACAUGGAACACGCCGGUGUCAUCCGAAGCACCGAAAAUAAUUUCAACGCCAAUUACUACUACUAA